AUGAUCUGGUUGUCAGAAACACAGAGUACGUUAUUUAUUUGGUGUUUGUAUGGUGUUUCAAAGACUGAAUUCAUGAUUGGUAAAGUCUAUGGGCAUUCUAUGGACACACUAGGAGGCGACCUCUGA